AAAUAUAACUUGCAUGUGUACACAUUUUUUAUGCCUUGCUGUUCUCACUUCCAUUGGAGAGCAAAUGGAUAACGAUGAUAUCAAGUAUGAUGAGGAAUAUGUAUUGAAUGCACGAGGAAUGAAUCUCUUCACAUGCCAAUGGAGACCUUUGAACUCUGAACCAAAAGCUCUGAUCUUUCUAUGCCAUGGAUAUGCCAUGGAAUGCAGUAUUUCAAUGAGAGGCACAGGUACAAGGUUGGCGCAGGCUGGAUUUGUAGUGCAUGGAAUGGACUAUGAAGGCCAUGGAAAAUCUUCUGGACUUCAAGGAUAUAUUAAUAGUUUCGAUGACAUUGUGGUUGAUUGCUCUAAGUACUUUGCAAGUGUCUGUGAGAAAGAAGAGUAUAAGAAACAAAAGAGAUUUUUACUUGGAGAAUCCAUGGGCGGGGCAAUUGUGCUUAUGCUUCAUAGAAAGGAACCUACCUUUUGGGAUGGGGCCAUUUUGGUUGCUCCGAUGUGCAAGAUAUUAGAUGAUAUGAAGCCUCACCCUAUUAUGAUGUCAAUUUUAAGUAAGCUUAGCAAUGUGAUCCCUACAUGGAGAAUCAUUCCUAAUGAAGAUAUCAUAGAUAGAGCAAUUAAAUGUGAGGAGCGACGUGAAGAGGUAAGAAAUAAUCAUUAUUGCUAUAAAGGAAAGCCUAGGGUAAAGACUGGCCAUGAAAUUUUUAUGGCAAGCUUGGAUAUUGAAAGUAAUCUUGACAAGGUUACUCUACCAUUCAUCAUAGUCCACGGUGGUGAUGAUGCUGUAACUGACCCCACAGUAAGUGAGGCACUAUAUACAAUAGCCACGAGCAAGGACAAGACACUAAAGUUGUACCCUGGGAUGUGCCAUGCUUUGACUUCAGGAGAACCCGAGGAAAACAUAGAUAUUGUGUUUGCAGACAUCAUCAAAUGGUUGAAUGACAGGGUAUCAUCAAUUUCCUAUCUUGGAUCCAACAGCGGUUUACAGUUACAAGAACAAUGUUGAUAGCUCACAAAAAUCAAUGGGUGUGUGUACGAGAAGAUGACAUCCAUCUGUCGAUAGGUGGAACAAUCAAUGGUGUCGACAUAUGUAAGAUUCUCUACUGGCACAUGACACUAGCAAGGUAGUUAUUUUUGUCUAUUAAAUAAAAAUGAAUAUACUAGGUGUAAACCAAUAUAUCGAUGUAAAUCAAUACAAAUAUAUAGA